AGAUGAUGGCGAGGUGCCCGGAUGGCGGAAUGAGUGUCAGGCUCAGCGCCGACAUGAUCAAACAUUAUGAAGCGCUGGAUUUCCAGUUCUGCGACGAGGUUGGGAAGUACGAGAAGCUGGCGAAGAUCGGGCAGGGCACCUUCGGAAUUACCUGGAAAAACUCAGCAGGUCUGGCAGCAUCGGCGGAGAAGAAAAGAGUUGACGUUUCGAGUCCUCAUGACCCUUCGACAGAACUUUUAUUACAGCUGUGCAGAGCAUUGGGAGGUUUUUAAAGCACGGCAUCGACAGACAGGCAAAAAAGUGGCUUUGAAGAAAGUCCUGAUGGAAAAUGAAAAGGAAGGGUUUCCCAUCACGGCCCUGAGAGAGAUAAAAAUCCUACAACUGCUGAAGCAUGAAAACGUGGUGAAUCUGAUUGAGAUCUGUCGCACUAAAGCCACGCAGUAUAACCGCUACAAGGGCAGCAUCUACCUGGUAUUUGACUUCUGUGAGCAUGACCUUGCUGGACUGCUCAGCAAUGCCAACGUGAAGUUCACAUUGGCAGAAAUCAAGAAGGUGAUGCAGAUGUUACUGAAUGGGCUCUACUACAUUCACCGGAAUAAGAUCUUGCAUCGAGAUAUGAAAGCAGCUAACGUCCUUAUCACUCGGGAUGGUGUGCUGAAAUUGGCUGACUUUGGUCUAGCUCGAGCAUUUAGCCUGGCCAAGAAUAGCCAGCCGAACCGCUAUACCAACAGGGUGGUGACACUGUGGUACCGACCACCGGAGCUGCUGCUAGGUGAGCGAGAUUAUGGACCACCCAUAGAUCUGUGGGGUGCUGGGUGCAUCAUGGCUGAGAUGUGGACUCGGAGUCCUAUAAUGCAGGGUAACACAGAACAACAUCAGUUAACCCUGAUCAGUCAGCUCUGUGGCUCCAUCACAGCGGAGGUUUGGCCUAAUGUUGAAAAGUAUGAACUCUACCAAAAACUGGAACUGCCCAAAGGUCAGAAGCGAAAGGUCAAAGACCGGCUGAAGGCUUAUGUGAAAGACCCUUACGCACUGGACCUCAUUGACAAGCUGCUUGUCCUUGACCCUGCCCAGAGGAUUGACAGUGAUGAUGCACUGAACCAUGAUUUCUUCUGGACUGACCCCAUGCCUUCUGACCUCAAAAAUAUGCUCUCGACGCACAACCAGUCAAUGUUUGAAUACUUGGCUCCUCCCAGGAGGCGAGCUAGUCACAUGCCUCAGCAAUCAACCACUCAGAACAAGAAUCCUGCUGCUGCCAACCAGACAGAGUUUGAUCGAGUGUUCUGAAUGUGUUUAAGGAGGUAAUGGAUCAAAGAGACGGGUUAUUUUAUUUAUAUGAUGGUGCCAUAUUUGAGGUCGUAUGAUUGAAAAAUAUUGAACAGUCCAGACAUUAAUUGUGCCUAGUAUCGAUCGGAUAUUGAUUCCUUGACAGAGGUGAUACUUCAGAAACCAAGAGCUGAACUGAGGGUCCAGAAGUGAAAUCCUGAGGUUCUAUUGGGUUAACCUUAGGUUAAUUUUCGUUUUUCCCCAGGGAUCUUGAACAUCAGUUUAGAAUGUUGUAGAGCUCUUUGUUCAUAGCCUGCAGUCGUUUCAUCAUUGUCUGAUUGCUGAAUUAUCUUCAUGUUAGUAGCUUGGGCAGUAUGGGUGGCUCAGUGUAUGGGCCAGCAGUGGAGUGCGUAGGUUUGUUCCUUGAUCUGCACGGAGUGAGUUGCCUGCCUGUUGAGACCUGAUAGUGCUCCACAGGAAAGGAGGGAAGCAGUAGACUGUGACUAGCUUGCCCCUUCUACCAGUCAUGAGAUACUGGGACCUUGGGGAAGGUUAUGAUUUAUAUUCAUUUAAUUUUACUGAGGAUCGGGCAGUCAGAUCUUUGAAUGCUAAGACAAUUGCUUUUAAAAGAAUGUGUAUCUUUAUAAUAAAUCGUUUGAAAACUUUAUUCAUAAAUACUUUCAUGUUGAAGUACCACAGCAUCAUUUAUCAGUGAGAGCAUCUUGAUGGGGAUAUGGUUGUGUUUCCCUAAAACCAAAAAAGCCAGAAAUUUGCUACUCUUUAAGGGAUUGAUACUGUCAGCAGGGUUGUGCUAUACAUUUGUUGAAGGUUUUUAAAAAAAAUUAUAUUUUUAAUUAUAGUAAAAUGUGUUUCUCACAGGGCAGCUGAUAUUUCAGACAGGUUUGCAGUUACUGCCAUUUUGUGAUGCAUUUCAUUUGUCGUGAAGGAUUUCUGAUUUCCUGUUCUAUUGUUGCCUUGUUUCUGAUAGUCUGUCCACCAGUCUGCCUGUAGCUGCAUUAAGGUGAACUGAGUAGAUUGAGUUUGUUCUUUCAAGUUGCAUCUUUAAUUUCAACCUCAAUGUUUUGAAAAACGCAGUCCCUUCUCCUUCCAUCCCAACCUUCCCCCAAGCGCUCUCUCUGUCUCUCUUCCCUCACAAUCCCCCCCUCCACCCCACCUCCUCCCUGGAUGAUCCAGCGGUGCUUACCUUGCUGGGUCAUGUGAUCAAAAGGAUCUUUUAUUUCCCCCCCCCAACACCACACCACCCGCUUAUGUAAGUGCACCAGUUGGCAGAUUGUUCUUCUAUUGCACACUGUAGACUGCAAUGGGGAGACCUCAUUUACGUGCUUUUGAAUUGGUGCAUUUGGAGACCAGUGUUGUUGGCCAACCUGUUUUUAUAAAACAGAAAGCUUGCUUAAGUAAUCCCUUUAUUGCAAUUUCAUUAAUCAUCCAGACUUCUGUUAAUGUCAGGAGAUCAAAUUGCCCACUGGCAAUAUAAAAUAUUACUUUGUUAUCAUUGGUACUGCAAGUAUUUUGCCUCUGGAUACAUUUUACACUGCAGUGCUGGAAUAUCAAUUAAGAUUCAGCUCUGAGGGGGUUUAGGAAACACAGUUAAGGUGCAAUUCUUCAAUAUAAGCAAUUUCAGUGAAAAGAUUCUGUUACAUUGUGCAGUGCAAGAUUAGUGCAUAUGCAAAACGUUUAACAUUUUGUGAUAAAGUACAUCAGUGUUGAUUAUGAAUUCUACCUUGUUGCAGAUUUUUAAAUAAACUGUUGUAAAAUA